CACAUUGUGAUGAUACUAUAUAAGGCACAAGCUUGAAAUAGAUAUGUGCUAUUACCAAAAAAAAACCUUAAAUUCAUCAAUCACUUUAGAAAACUAUCACCUAAUUUUGCAUAAUGGGUGAAGAAGCAAAAAGGUAUGCUGUUGUGACAGGAGCAAAUAAGGGAAUCGGCUAUGGAAUAUGUAAGAAACUGGUUUUAAGUGGUGUUGUGGUUGUGUUAACAGCAAGAAAUGAAGAGAGGGGUUUGGAAGCUGUAGAAAGACUCAAAAAAGAGAUUGGUCUCUAUGACCUUGUGGUUUUUCAUCAGCUUGAUGUGGAUGAUUCUACUAGUGUUGCUACCUUGGCAUUUUUCAUUAAAACCAUGUUUGGGAAACUUGAUAUCUUGGUGAAUAAUGCAGGUGUUAGUGGAGGGAAAAUAUUAAAUGGUGAUGCUCUAAUUAGAAAGAGAAAUGGAGCAGAUAUUAAUUGGAAAGAAGUGGGAUACGAAACCUAUGAGCUAGCCGAAAAAUGUUUGAAAACAAACUUCUAUGGAGUAGAAAGAGUAACCGAAGCUCUUAUUCCCCUUCUCCACCUAUCAACUUCUCCAACCAUUGUCAACAUUUCCUCUAGAGCAGGACUCUUGAAGAAUAUAUCAAAUGAGUAUGCUAUAAAAGUGUUUAAUGACAUUGACAACUUAACAAAGGAAAAAAUAGAUGAAGUGAUUAAGGAGUUUGAGAAAGAUUACAAAAAAGGGUUAUUAGAGAUCAAAGGAUGGCCAACUUUUGCUUCUGCUUAUUCAAUGUCAAAAGCAGCUUUGAAUGCUUACACAAGGAUAAUGGCCAAGAAGUAUCCUCAUUUUCAGAUAAACUCAGUUUGUCCUGGCUUUGUCAAGACUGAUAUAAAUCAGAAUACUGGAAACUUAAGCAUUGAUGAAGGUGUUGAAACUCCUGUAAUGUUGGCACUUUUGCCAAGUUCUGGUGUUUCUGGUUGUUUCUUUGCAAAGGGUGAAGUGAUAGACUUUUGAUCAUUGAUUGAUUAAUCAAAUAGUGAUCUUCUUUUCUAGAAAUGAAGCUGUGCACCCUUUUGAUCAAAAGUAUAUGUUUUGUGUAAUAGACCAUAUCUUAGGAAAUCAAAUUUGAACCUUGAACAACAAGAAUAAUGUAUGGCACAUGUGUCCAUUUUAUUGAUGGAAUAAUUGCAAGAUAUUGUAUUACAAAAUGCUUCAACAUUGAGAAAGUUAAUUUAAGAUAUUUGAGGUGAGGACUCGGGACAAUGAUGUUAGGUCUAAAACAAAUAUUAAAAUGAAGUUUUCUUAUUAUCAUAAUUAAAAUAUUUGAUAUUUAUUAGACUUAAAAUUGUUAGGAUGCCUUAUAAAACUAGUAUUAAAGUCGACAGUUAAAUAUCUAUGUUCUU